AAAAGUACCUUAAUUAAACCUACUCAUGUCCACCACCACAACAACCCAAUCCCUCAAACAACCAUCAACCCAAAAUUCCUGAAACUGAUAGCUCUGCUGCCCCCGCCACCGCAGUCUCCUCGUUGGGUAUGGGCGGUAAUGGCAAGCGCAGGUGGAAGAUCACCUUCUACCGCUCCAAUUCCAGCUCCAAGAAUCCCCCAAAGGAGCUCUUGUGCCCCAUUUCCGGGUCCUUAAUGUCCGACCCUGUCGUCGUCUCUUCGGGUCAGACCUUCGAGCGCCUCUCCGUCCAACUCUGCCGGGAAUUGAGCUUCUCCCCCAAGCUCGAAGACGGGACCCGACCCGAUUUCUCCACCAUGAUUCCCAAUUUAGCCAUCAAGUCCACCAUCCAGAACUGGUGCGACCACAACAACGCCCAGUACCCGCAGGCACCCGAUUCAAUCUCCCUCGAUAAGGCCAUACGGGCGGUGAUGGAGGAGGAUAGGGAAGACCCUGGAAUUAGAGUUUCGGAGCGGGAGCUGCUGAGGGGGAUGGCAGAGAAACCGCCGGUUAGCUUCAUGCACGCGGCGACCGAGUUGGGCCGCCGAGUCGACCAUUUCUACUCGAGCUCGUCGGAGGAGUCAGUGGUUAUCCCGUCGGCGAGUCCACCCAUUCCUCUCCCGUUCGCGACUCGGCCGUCGUGUUGUUCCUCGUCGUCUUCUUCCGAAGUAACCGCCGAGCUCGAAACACUAAACCCUAAUUCCUCGUCGCCGGAAUGCAAGGAGGAGGAGCAAUUGAUGACGAAGCUGAGAAGCUCCCAGGUAAUCGACCAGGAGGAAGGAGUAAUUUUACUCCGGAAGCUCACGAGGACGAAGGAGGAGCUUAGGAUUUCGCUCUGCACUCCCCGGCUGCUCUCCGCCGUCCUAUCACUGAUUGUGUCGCGAUACAGCACCGUGCAACAAAACGCCGUCGCUUCGCUGGUUAACUUGUCUCUGGAGAAGCCCAACAAGGUGAAGAUCGUACGGUCAGGAUUUGUCCCGCAUUUGGUGGAUGUAUUGAAGGGAGGAUCCAGUGAGUCGCAGGAGCACGCCGCCGGCGCGCUCUUCAGCUUGGCGUUGGAGGAAGACAACAAGAUGGCGAUCGGCGUGCUCGGCGCAUUGCCUCCGCUGAUGCACGCGCUCGUGAGGGCUGAGAGUGAGCGGACGCGCCACGACUCGGCGUUGGCGCUCUAUCACUUGACGCUGGUGGAGAGCAACCGAGUCAAACUCGUUAAGCAACACAAUGCGGUGCCGACUCUGUUGGCCUUGGCCAAGUCUCCGGCGUCGGCGGGCCGAGCUCUACUGAUUCUGUGCAAUCUAGCGAGCUGCAGCGAGGGCAAAUCCGCCAUGCUCACCGCCAACGCGGUGCAGUGCUUGGUGGGGGUGCUGAGGAGGCGGGGAGACUUGGACUCCGAGUCCACUCGGGAGAACUGCGUGGCGGCGCUCUACGCGCUGAGUCACGGAUCGAUGAGAUUUCGCGGGCUGGCGAGGGAGGCCAAUGCGGUGGAGGUGUUGAGUGAGAUCGAGAAGAGUGGAAGCGAGCGGGCGAGGGAGAAGGCGAAGCGGCUGUUGACGGUGAUGAGAGGGAGGGAGGAUGAGCCGAAUUUGGACUCGGUGUUGGACUCGGGUGCAGGAGCUGGACUCGGUCCGACUCGGUACCGAGUUGGGAGGAACUUGCAUGCAGCCAACUCAUCUACGUUUUAAUUUAAUUUUCUUUUCUUUUCUUUUUUUCAUUAUUACAGAAAAUGGGUUUUUUUUGUAUACUUCAGAGUGGGUGUAAAUUAUUAUUUCAGGAAAAUGUAAUGGCUGCUGAGUUGACAAGGUCGAGUCAUGACUCGGUACUGAGUUUGGACGUGUGGUGGCAUACGGCGUCAGCGGCGGUGGCGGGUGUAAUUAUUGGCGGGGGAUGGUCCUGUCUCCUUUAUUUUUGUGUUGUCUUUUUGCUUUUUUGUUCAGGAUAAUUAUAUUUUAGUGUUAAUUGGUGCCUGUAAGUAAGAUUUUAUUAAGGAUUUUGGAAUGUUA